AUGACAGAAACUACAAAGUCUCACUUGAAAAGAGUAUGGGAGUCUAUGAAAAGAUCUCGCCGAUUUGAUCGUGACAACUUAGAUACUCCAUUGAAGAGAUGUCUUACAGCUUUCGACCUUACCCUUUUGGGUAUAGGAAAUAUGGCAGGAGCUGGCAUUUACGUCCUAACUGGUACAGUAAUCCGUGAUAAAUCUGGACCGUCUACUUUUUUGUCAUAUUUGGUUGCUGGUAUAACAGCUUUCUUAAACGCUUUGUGUUAUGCUGAGCUUGGUUCGCGAAUACCAAAGUCAGGAUCUGCAUACACCUAUACAUAUGUGGCAAGCGGAGAGUUCUUAGCAUUUAUUGUUGGAUGGUCAAUGAUAUUAGAAUACGUUUUGUCUGUAUCAAGUGUUGCACGUGGUUGGAGUGGGACAGUAGACGCCAUGUCACAACAUGCUAUUAGUAACGGAACGAAGAAUACUAUUGGCAGUUUUCCAUCGAAUGUGGAAUUUCUUGGCGACUAUCCAGAUUUUAUUGGAGCUCUUUUAAUAAUUAUACUUGGUUUAGUAUUAUUCCGUGGACCAAAGCUUUCAGCGAUAUUAAAUACUAUAAUAACAAUGCUAAAUUUAGUGGUAAUUAUUUUGGCCACUUGUGUUAUGUUUGCACGGCCGAAUGAGCAUAGUUCAGAAUUCGCACCGGCUUCUCAUGGAGGUUUAUUUCCAUAUGGAUUCGGUGGUAUGAUUGGUGGAGCUGGAACAUGUUUUUAUGCAUUUAUUGGCUUUGAUGCUAUAACGGUUAGCAGUGAAGAAGCAUUAAAUCCUAAAAGAUCAAUGCCAAUUGCUACUGGUGUAUCAGUCGGUGUAGUCACACUUUUAUUUUUAUUGGCUAGCUUGGCUUUGACACUUUUUGUACCAUGGUGGACAAUUGACCGACAGGCUGCUUUUACAGCUGCUUUUCAUGUUCGCAAUUAUGAAUGGGCUACAUAUAUAACAGGAGUUGGCUCAUUGCUUGGAUUAAGUGCCAGUUUAUUUACAAGUAUGUAUGCAAUGCCAAGAGUAGUGUAUGCUAUGGCAAGUGAUGGUUUAUUGCCUGAAUUUCUAGGCUACCUAUUACCAUCUACACAAGUACCAGUCGUUGCAUUAAGUUUAUUUGGAAUAUUCGCUGCAAUACUGACUCUUUUAUGCGAUAUUCAUUUAUUAGCUGACUUUUUAAGCAUUGGAACACUAAUUGCUUAUACAAUUGUCUCAAUGAAUGUAUGUAUUCUGCGUUAUUGUCAACCGCAACUAUAUUCUGGUCAAUGGAAUGAAUUAGAAUCCCAUGAAGAGAAUCUUAAUUUUCCAACUGAUGAACGUUUAAAUAACGAAAAGGUUAUACGUGAAACUAAUGAAGCUGAAUUGAACGAAUGGCCACACUCCAUUGGACGUUUGAAAUCGGCCUUUCGUCACUUACCGAUUCUUCGUGAUUCAACACCCGGACGUGCACCUAUUAUUUCGCUGUUACUUUAUACUAUUUGCGCUUUCGGUCUAGCCAGUCUUCUUUUACCAGGAGCUCAGUACAUUCAAGAAGCACGUUGGUGGGCAAUGGUGAUAUUUAUUUUAUUCCUCAUUGGAGCUAUUUUCUUCGUGGUUAUUAUGUUUCUACAUGAACAGAACAAAUCAUUUGAUAGCUUCAAGGUUCCAUUUGUUCCUCUGAUUCCAUGUUUAUGUGUUUUCCUGAAUUUUUGUCUUAUGGUAAAAUUAUCACCUAUGACAUGGGUUCGAUUCAUUAUUUGGUUGGUUAUCGGUUUGAUAAUUUAUUUUGGAUAUGGAUGGAGGCACAGCAUUCAUGCAAGUAAUCCUGGAGAGUCAGGAAAAUUAAUUACAGUACCAAAAAUGGGUAGUUUUGACGAAGAUAUCACAGUAUCAGGUUUUGAACCGUAUGAAAAUGCAAAUACACUUCAAAAUUAUGAACACAGACUGGAAUGA